AUGGCCUUUAAGUCGUUCAAAUACAAGGUUUACUCUAAAGGGUACCAUUCGGUGUCGCAGAAGCCUCCCACUGCAUUUUUUGAUAGUUCAUACCAGUAUUUGAAGCAUAAUCAAGGUUUGGUAUGUGUGGAAUCUGUAAUUCCGCAUUCACUUGCAGGUCACAUGGGGCCUCAUCCUAAAGUGUUGGCGGCAAACGUCAACUUCAAGAGUGUAGAGAAUGUCCUGGAUGUUUAUGCGGAUGAGCAGGAUGAGGAUAUUCAGCAUACUAUGGGCAUGACCAGUGGCUUACGUUCGGAGGAAAUGUGUAGAGGUCCUCUGCAGAAAACAUUCAACGCUCGGAGAAACUCGGAAACAUUUCAGUUUUUGACCGUGAAUAAUAGUGCUAAUAAUGUUGCGCUAAAGGGAGCCUUCUCGAAAAGCUACUACAGUACAUCUGCGGCGCAAGCGCCACCUCCUCCUCAGGAUGGAGAGGAGACCGACUGCAGGCUAAAGGAGCAUGAUGCUGAUGAAGCAUGGGAACGUGAUACGGAGACCAGUAUUAACACCGAGAAAUUUCUGAAGACUACAGCUGUUGAAAUCGAACGGUGUAUGUCACAGCAUGACUAUAACAAGGUUAAUUCAUUAUAUCUGGCAUUAAAGCGGAAUGGGGCCUUACCGACAUUGGAUAUUUUCAAGAAAGUGUUGCGAUCGAUAAAAUUGCGGAAUUUGGAUUUUGAUGAUCUAGACAAUCGCAUGUUCCAGCUGCUAAACUGCUACCAUGAUAUGGUAUUUCACAAGGUAAAACCUGACAAUGAGUCGUAUGGGAUUGUUAUUGGAGGACUGUUGAAGGGCUGUAUAUCUGCAUUUGAUACAAAGAAUCCAAACGGACGCGAUUUUUUCAAAAUCGCUCUAGAUCUAUUCUUCGCCUGUAAUUCGAAGAAGGAGCGAAUCUUUCAUCGUAAUGUGUUAGAUCGGUUGCUUCUUGCCAUUAACAUUUAUCCGGGACAUGUUCAGUACAAUACCAUCAUUGAUUACAUCAGUUCGGUUCCUAGUUACAACCUAACUGAAACAUACUAUAUUGCGAUGCUAAACCUUGCUAAGUUGAAUAAGGAUGAAGAUGCCAUAAAAUCAUUUCGCGAAGAAUUUGAGUCUAACCUGUCUUCAUCAGAGGAACUAAUGAAACACAAAUAUGAAGUAUACAGUAUGCUGUUGUCAGCUCUCAUUGAGACAAACUCUAUAAAGGAUGCAGGUAGUUUACUGGACACACUAAUGAUGGAGCUUCGGGAAUCGGCUGAGACCAACAGUAAUCCUAAUUUAGAAAAUGACCUAUCGUUAGUCUUGUCGAAUUUCUUAAUGUCUGUUGGUUUGCGAGAUCCCAAAAAGGCAUACCAACUGUGGAGUGAAUUUAAACGGUUAAAUUGGGUUCCUGAAUUCUCUUACGAAUUUUACCUCUGUAUGCUUCAAAACAGUUUAAAGGAUUGGGAUAUAGCAAGGAAAAUAUAUGGCUACAUAUUUGCGAUGAAGCCUGUUUUUAAAAUGAAAAAGUGCACGGUGCAGGAUUAUUUAUUAUACCCACAUCAAGUUGAAGGUGUUAUCUCGGUAACAUUGCAAACUGCAAUACAAAACCAGGAUUCUGAAGUUAUAGCUAAAAUCAUUGAAGAAUCUGUUGUGAAGAAUUUUACCUUCAACCUAGAUGUUUACCCCUUAAUUUUUGAAUAUCUACGGCAAAUUAAUUGUCCCGAGGAUUAUUUGUUACGAUUUGUCGUUUCUCAUUCGUCCUUGUUAUCAGCGAAGACUGUUGACAAUGGCACUUUUGAAUUUUUAAACGCUUUCGUAGAGAGAUAUCCCUCACAAGUUAUUUUGAGAAAGGUUGUUGAUGUGCCGUUCUUCCGUAAGGUAUGUGAGUCUUUUGAAUUAUCGAACACACAUAUAAUAAAUUAUUCGGGAUUUAUCAGCUGCUUCGAAGCUCUUUGGAGAACACCGCAGCAACUUGCAACAUUUUGUUAUACUUUGGAAUUGCAUGCCGUUAUGGUAACGAGGCUGUACGACCCUGAAUAUUCAGGCCUUGAAAUCACUCACCCUAUGAUACAACAAUUCCAGGCCUUAUUGGUCGAGAAUUUUAAGAAAUUAGUUACCAAUUACAGACGGAUGCAUAUGGAUUCAAUUAAAUGUCAUCCUGUAGUGGCACAUGCUGUGAAAAUGGUUGACUUACCAGAUGAUGUUCGGGGCUAUUUCACACACCCUGGCGAUUGGGAUAAAUCAUACCCAUUAGAUUUAUCAUUACUGAUAUCAGAAUCUGUGACUGCUGGAAUUAAGGAAUUCAAUAGGUUGGUUGCAGAUGGCUACACGUUUAAUUUUGGAACAUAUGAUGCUUUGAUAGACCGCAAAUAUAUUACUCGUGAAAUUAUAUGGAAAUCGAUCGAGCUAUGCAUAGGCGAUAAAGAGUCUUUGGCUAAUUUAGCUAAUAAAAUUGUCCACAAAUCAUUAAGUGAUACUUUACCCACAUUAGUUCUAAACCAUCCACUAUUUGAAAAGAAAAUACUCCCAUAUCUAAGCGACGAGUCUCUUCUUAGAAUUGCUAAGAACUGCUCUAAUUUUGAUGACUUUAUUACAAAGAUAAAAUUCCCACAAAGGUUUAGUACUAUUGCAUUGAGAGCUGAAUAUAAGUUAACGGUUGAUUAUAUUUAUAAUCAAUUGUUCUUAUUGAAACGGUACAAUUCAAUUGUUGAAUUCAAUCAAACUGCUCCUGUUGUUUCUAUUCCAAUAUUAUUGAAAUCUUGCAUUAGGUCAGGCGAAUACGAAGAGUACAAAAAACUCCUCAAAAAGUAUAGAAAAUCUUUGGGGGAGGCUUUCACUACAAUUCAUGCGGAAUAUCUAAUCAAUGAACUUAAAAUAGAUGAAGCAUUAAGUCUUUUGGAUAGCGCUAACAAAAAAGAACCCUAUAAACACUAUGACUUACACACUUUUGCUAUGUUUUUAAAGUCAUUUGAAACCAAAAUCACGCCUAGAAAAGAUAUAGAGGAUACUCUACAGCUUGCUAAUGUGCUAUCCUCAUGUGGUUCGUUUGAGGAGUUACUAUCGAUCUACAAAAGUGCAACAUCCGGAGGAACACUACCCUAUAAUAAAAAUUUGAAUCAAGCGGUAAAAUUAGAGAUCUUAGAGCAGAUGUUGAACAGUCUAAACGAUGCUAUAAACUUUUUGGACGUUAACUCUGAGGCCAUACAGGACAGCUUUGUGAUAAAAUUGAAUAAUCUAAUGAAAUUUAGACAUUAUUUGGGUUUAAACAACUUAUCUCAGAAAGAACUAACGCAACUGAUAAACAUUUGGCGAAAUGCAGUUCCAAUUGGCAUUGAUAAUCUUUUUAAUAACAUUGUCGAAACAUCCUACUUAAAACCAGACGCUAACGUGCUACACGUUACUGACAAAUUGACGAUCAGCUUUACGAAAGAGAGAAUUCGCGCCUUGAUUGGCGAAAUAAAGAAUUUUUACGAAGAGGAAGGGAAUAAUGAAAAUUUAGAUAAAGUGAAGAUAUUUGAAGGGACUCUAGAACGUCCUUGUGAGUUAAUAUCUUGA